CCCUCAAAGUAGAUUAAGAGGAUAGUCUAAAUACAAACUUUUUCUUAUUUUAAAGGUAACGGUUCUUCUGCCUACUAACCAGAAUGUGACUGGUACCAACCUGGCAGUCCUUGGCAGUGUGACGGAGGCACAGCAGCCAAUGACUGAGAGCAGUUCUCAGGCUCUCUUGCCCGUGUCAAAUAAUGGAAUACAUCAGAUAACAGGAGACAGCAAUUCUGUGCAGCAAAUUCCAGAGACAAUGGACUCAGCUGAACCAGACCUGGACUUUGAAGAAGAAGAGGAUGAAGAAGAGGAAGAUGAUGAUGUAGAUUCAUCUGAUGUUGAUGAUUGGGAGCCAGGUCCUCCAAGGCCUUUUAAUCCCUGUGAUUUAUGGUGUGAGGAUUGUAAUAAAGCUCAUCCAUCUGCGUGCCUCAAACAUGGUGCCCUGCACUGCAUUCCAAAUCGGCCUGUCCUAAGCCGUGCUAGGGCCAGUCUGCCGCUUAUUCUCUACAUCAACCGAUUUGCUGGUGGAAUCUUCUCCAAGAGACGGAUUCCAAAGCGCACGCAGUUUGGCCCUGUGGAGGGUCCAUUAGUUAAGCAGUCUGAACUCAAGGAUAACUACAUUCAUUUAAAGAUUGCUAUGGGAGUAGGAAGAGAGGAUUGUAAAGAUGAGGAGAAACCCGCUGAUCUAUGGUUUGAUUUGUCUGAUGAGAACUUGUGCAAUUGGAUGAUGUUUGUACGUCAAGCACAGAACCAUUUGGAACAGAACCUAGUGGUCUACCAGUAUGGCAAGAAUCUCUACUUCACCACCAUCAAGCAUAUAGAGCCAAAACAGGAGCUCAAG